AUGGUUAAUGUUGCACUUGAUCACACUGAUUGGGUACAAGCAAUGCAAGAUGAACUCCAUGAGUUUGAACGUAAUCGAGUUUGGAGGCUGAUUCCCACUCCAAAGGAUGCUUCUGUGGUCGGCUUAAAAUGGGUCUUCAGGAAUAAGUUGGAUAAAGAGGGCAACGUCAUUCGCAAUAAGGCUCGGCUGGUGGUGAAGGGAUAUUGCCAAGAAGAAGGGAUAGACUAUGAGGAGACCUUCUCUCCUGUAGCAAGGUUGGAAUCAGUUAGAAUCUUUCUGGCAUAUGCUGCGCAUAAAGACUUCAAAGUUUUCCAGAUGGAUGUGAAAUGUGCUUUCUUAAAUAGAGAACUAGAAGAAACGGUGUAUGGUGAGCAACCACCUAGGUUCGUGAACGAGAAAUACCCUGAUCACUGCUAUGUGUUGGAUAAAGCUGUAUAUGGUCUGGAACAAGCACCAAGGGCCUGGUAUGAAACAUUAACUCGCUUUCUUAAAAUGUCGAAAUUCAAGCAAGGUUCGGUUGACCCAACCGUCUUUCGAAAGAAAGAAGGGACCAAAAGGCAUUUUUAUCAACCAGGAGGCCUACACGAAGAACAUGCUGGGGAAGUUCAGUAUGAUGGGAGAUUCGAAGGUGCAGGUUCCCAUGGCGUUUGCACAAAGUUAACACCAUCUCUGGAAAAACCUGUCGUUGACGUAACACUCUAUCGUCAAAUGAUAGGGUCUCUUAUGUAUCUAACACCUAGUAGACCAGACAUUAUGUUCUCUGUUGGUUAUUGUGCCAGGUUUCAAGCAAAUCCAAGAGAACCUCACAUGGUGGCAGUGAAAAAUAUUUUCCGUUAUCUGAAGCGAACCUCUUCUCUCAGUCUUUGGUACCCUACUAGAUCCGGAUUCUUUGUUCAAGCCUUUUCUGAUGCCGAUCUUGGAGGAUGCGGUCUGGACAGAAAGAGCACAAAUGGAGGAUGUCAAUUCGUUGAUGGUAAACUUGUUAGCUGGCAGUCUGAAAAGCAAACUUGUGUGUGUCUUUCAGCAGCCGAAGCUGAGUACAUACCUGCAACAUCCUGUACCUCGCAAGUGAUCUAG